AUGGCAAUGGCUGCUGUUCUCCGUCGCGAAGGGAGGCGUUUGACCCAACCGAUCAACGCUCUUCAUUCCUCUCUCAUCUCUCAAUCUCGAAUCUCGAAUUUCGAUUCUCGAUCUCACACGCUGUUUGAAAACGUGUUUUUGACAGAGACCAAGCCCCUGAUGGUGCACGCUCCAUUUCCACUCAAGUAG